CGUAAAUCAAAUUAAUAACGGUUCUUGUCGCAAUUAAACCAAACUAUACAAACGGUAAAUUGUGUUAAAAUAAUUCUUCACAAGUUUAUUGGAAACAGUUUUCGUUAUUAAACUCUAUAGUGCUACUGGUUCAAAGUUAUAUUUUAAAACAGAUAUUUUGUGAAGAAAAUACCGCGCAUAAUACUUUAAGAGUGACGAUGUUUUCAUUCCUUAAAGUUAAGUUUAUCAUUUGUCAAUAAAGUGAAAAUAAUUGUAUCAAGUGUUUAACCUUGUUCGAUAACGAAAACGACACGAAUUAAUUUGUUUAAAAUCAGCGGCGUUUUAAAAUGGGUUGUAAACUUUCUCAAUUAGCCUCGUCAGAGUUCCAUUCAGAUCCUUUCCACCGUCCACCACCACCAUCAGACCCGAGAUCACCACUCACCACAAAACAACAGUAUUGUAUGCUCGCAUCAUGGAAAGGGAUUUUUAGACAGAUUGAGAAGACUGGAAUUAUUUUAUUCAUCAAGUUAUUUGAAGAAAACGAAGAGCUGCUUCAUCUAUUUGAGAAAUUCCGUGAGCUUCGAACUAAGGAAGCCAUCGUGAGUUCAGCGGAGCUAGCUGAACAUGCUACCCAGGUGAUGCAUACUCUGGAUGAAGGGAUCAAAGGUCUGGCAGAUAUGGACUCGUUCUUCGCCUACGUGCGCCACGUGGGUGGUACACAUCGUCAGGUUCCAGGGUUCAAGGCUGAGAACUUUUUGAAAAUCGAGCAGCCUUUUCUCGAAGCAGCGAAGACGACACUUGGAGACAGAUACACGCCGAACAUUGAAAACAUCUACAAGUUGACUAUAAGGUUCAUCUUAGAGAACUUGGUCAAGGGAUACGAAGAUGGCGGGAAUGAGAAUGAAACCCAAACAUAAAUGUAGUCCAUUAAAUUAUUUUAAUUUAAAUAUUAACAACCUUUUUUAUUACAAAAAUAAUGCAACAAUAACUUGAGAAUAUUUGUUUUAAGUAAAUUUGUAAAAAUAAAUAAUGUCUAUGUUACAAAUGUUAAUUUGUCUAUGAAGUUGACAAUUAACGCAGCAAAUGUCAAGUUUGUGUUUGAUUCUCUGUAUAUUUUAAAAGGUUUUAUUAAGGAAUCUUUCCAGUAUAAAGUUACAAAAAUCUGAAGCCAGCAAAGGAAUUCGGUAUUUCCUAAUAGAUUCCGAUCUCUACUUCUAUGUUGAACUUAUGUACUACGUCAAUCCAAGAUUGCGAUUCCAGCGCUACAGAAUUGAGAUAUCUCACAAUUAAGUCGGGAUAGCUAUUUUCUUUAGCAAAACAGUAAAUUGUAAGAAAUUUAAUGGAUUUAUUUCUCUAUUAAAACUUCGUUGAAUUUUA